AUGGCCUCUGCUGCUGCUGCGACGUCAUCAUUGCUGUUCAGGAGAACUCUGCUCACCACCGUCCGCUCCACAGCUCCGAGAUUUUCAUUCUCCCCGUUGACGACUGCCAACCUCAAUAACCUCUAUCGACCCAUCCUCACUCCGAGAUUCUUUUCGAAUACAAGCAGAAUGGGCGAGGAAGGCGUGCACAACUUGACUUCCAAGUCCGACUGGGACAAGGCUCUCGAGCCCAAAGACACCCUCAUCGUGCUCGACUGCUUCGCCACCUGGUGCGGUCCCUGCAAGGUCAUUGCGCCGCAGGUCGUCAAAUUCUCCAAGGCGUACCCCAACGCCCACUUCUACAAGCUCGACGUCGACGAGGUUCCCGACGUCGCCCAGGAACUCGGCAUCCGCGCCAUGCCCACCUUUUUGCUGUUCAAGAACGGCGAGAAGGUCGGUGAGGUGGUCGGCGCGAACCCAAAGGCCCUCGAGGCGGCGAUUCAGAAGGGUUUGGGCGAGGGCGAGGCGCCUGCCUCGUAGGAUGGAGGUUGGCCUAAAAGUU